CCACCCAUGUAUCUCGCUCAGACACUCGACCCAAGUGCCUCGUCGGGCCUAGAACGCCUUUUUAAAUCUAAACAAUACUGCCUUGAGCUUCAGCUGUGAAAAUGAUGGUCCCAAGAGCUUUCCUUUUCAGUUCCGUGCCUUCUUCGCCCAAGACCUCCAUCCGCCAGCAUGGAGAGAAGAUCCCAGUCACUAGAUCCUCCCUGGACCUUCUCAACGUGCAGGACCUCUCGGGCCUCGAACUCCCAUCUGAGACUUCUCCGCAUACCAUGCACACCAGUCCGGUUGUUAUACCUCCGAAGCGGGCUCCCCGGGUGACAUCGGUACUUUCUCAGACUACGAACGGUCCAAACACACCCAGGAAGCCCAGAACAGUGUCUCACAGGUCGUCAUCGGCCGCUUUGGCUGACCGGCCCGUGCCCAGUUCCAUUGCGUCGAUUCUGGAGGCCACCGCGAUCCCCGUGCCCCGUCGUAACUGGAGUGUCCGAGAGUCUCGCAACCGCAAGAAAUUGCCUCGCGGAAACCAUGUGCAGGAUUUCAGCAAAUUAUUGAUGGACGGGGUUGGCGAUAACCUGGUGGACAGCACUGGAAAUACCACCCUCGAUCUACUUCUGAGUCCUCCGGAGGAGCUCGACCGGUCUACUGUUGGAAGUGACUGCGACAGCGAGGCACCGUCAUUCUCUGCUUGCUCGCUGUCAGUUGCGUCGACUCCGUCGUUGGAACGCGAUUUCGAUUCCCCGUCUAGUCUUCCUGCCCCGUCUACACCGUCCAGCCAGCGGAGCCCAUUGUUGGAGAGGAAGUUUCAGCGCCAAUCUCCAUGCGAAAACUGCAUUUUCGACCACCCCUUGCUCGACACAGAAGCGUCGGACACGGAGGAGGAAUCCGUCGGCCAAGCCACGUUGUCCGGUCUCAGCCCGAAGACCCCAACUCCAUUUGGGACGCUCCCACGACUCGGAUCCACAUUCAAGUCUAACCUAACGGCUUCGUUGCGAGCAAUCAAAUCAGCUGCACAGAGCGUCUCAGCGUUUGCUACUCCUUCCGUCCAGCCGGACGAUUUUUUGACCCGCUCGCUCUUCACUAUUACGCCGGAGAUGACGGACGACCGACGGCCUCCGCCCAUGAACGAACCACCGUCGCCCGCACUCCGGCGGUACCUGAAUCCAAUUACGGUCUCACCAGCGGAGAUGUACGCUUAUCAGGAAUACCCACAUGAGCCGCUUGACACCCCCAACUGCCCUGUCUCCGUGCAAAUGCAAACGUACCAUCGCUCGGGUAGGCGCGGCAGUCGCAGGAGCGGGUUCCACCUGGCACGCUCCGAAGGCCGAGACAGACAGCUGCAACCGUUCGACCCCGAGAUCCCGCCGAUGUCACGCCAACGCGAGCCUCGGGAGAACAGCGAUUUCCUGCGGAUGGUGGUGCUUGAGAUGAACAUGCGCCGCAGCGGCAAGCUGCGGGACGACAUCCCGACGCGGGCCCGGAUCUGGCUGCCUCCCCGGAAGGGUGGUCAAGGUCGUUACGUGCGGUACGAUUUUUAUGAAGAUGAGGAUGAGAAUGCGGUUCCCUCCCGAUGGGUUGGGGUGUCUGUGAGCAGCCUGUAAAUACGCACGACCACGACGUCGGCUCACACUUUCGCUUUCUUUUUUUUUCUUUUUUUUUCUUGCUUUGCUUUACACCACUCAUUGCACAGCGCUGGGCGUGACUUUCGGACUUUGAUAUUCUUUUGCUCUCUUGUACAUAAAUGGCAUACAUAGGUAGCGGGCGCGACCCCCUACGGGAUAGGGGUAUAGCGAGGCGGCGUUUGGGAGGGACCACCCAUCCAUCCAUUCAUCCAUCCAUCCAUUCAGAUAUUGGAUUAUUACUACUACAAUACUUAUUUCCCACUGAA